AUGGCGAUGCCUAAUGAUCUGAGUGGAAUUCCACCUCGUCCUUGUGGCCAAGCAGACAUUCCAGAAUGGACUGGGAAGCCUUCAUCGCCUUAUGAUGAUGAUCCACGCACACUGAGGUUUCUUGGAGAACCUAUUCUGCUUCCAGGAAGUACUGAAGAUCCUGAUGGUGCUUCCAUUGGAAAAGGGAGGCAAGAUGACUGCAACUGUGAGUCCCUAGGUUCCAUUGAUUGUGUCAGGUUUCAUGUGGCAGGAAAAAAGAUCAAACUGAAGCAUGAGCUGGGCUCAGCAUACAUUGAAAUGGGGUUUCAUAGGAUCGGGGAAGAUUUAGCACUAACAUGGACAAAGGACGAGGAGAGGAAAUUCAACACCACUAUCCAGGAUAGCUUGCCUUCAUCUACGAACAAGUUCUGGGACAAGUUGCUUGCCGUCUUGCAUGACAAAGGCAGAGAAGGCCUUGUGAGCUAUUACCACAAUGUUUUCUAG